AGCACUCCAAAGCAUGGCAAAUGAGUCAAGGCUAAGCACCAUUGGCGUAAAAAAGAUGAGCAGUAGACUCAAAAUUUGCCAUCAAAUCAAGGAACUCUAGAAGAAAACAACAAGUCUACAAUGGCUUCGAUCUACCCAUACUCCAGUACACCACAGCACAACCUGAGCACUAUGACCAAGGAUGUUCCUGCUGCUAUUAAUGUACACCUCACACCUGCUGUGGAAGUCUCCGAAGCAGGACAAGCCUUUUUGAAAGCACAUCAUCCAUGGAUGCACACACAGUACAUGCAUGGGAAGCGUCUCAUAAGAAAACUGCAAGAGAAUUCUUUAGUUCUGCCAAGAACUUAAGAAUUUAGAUGGUGAUCAGACUAGACGAGACGAAGCUGUCCGAGACCUCUUGCCAAAGUGUUCCAUGCCAGAGAUUGGAUUCGGGGAAGCUGGAAUCCGUAGUCAUCUAAUGGACAGUAUGAGGGAACACAGAAGACGAAUCGCCAGUCUUUCCAUGCGUCCAAAGGAAGCUGAUGAGCCCUCCCCAACCGCAACUGCAACCAAGCCCAAGACUCUGACGGAAAGAAACAUCUGCUUCGACGACCACAACGCAGCUGCAGACGCCGAUGUGUCGGCACGUGAAAUCGAAGUCGAAGAUGAAGACUGCAGUCCACAACUCGAUCUCCAUAGCGCACUUUCGACACCAAUAAUCACAGCUCCAUUUCCAUUUCCCGCUUCCCGAAAAAGACUAGCUGCAGCAGCGUCAGCAUCUCUCGUAGGCACCGAAGCUGCCUCUCAUUGUCAGUUAGGUCGCGGAGAAAGAGCGAAACGACUCUCACUGGAGAACCUAGGUGUCGCUCCAGCCAACUGCAGUCGAGAACAUCACGAGGCGAACGUUAACGAUACGGCUCUUGAUACAGCGAUUGCCCAAGAUGAAAGUAAAUGUAUCCGUGAUAUUAUCAGUAUACGCCCCCUAAUUGUACGCUUUGGCAGAUCACGAGUUAUCGCAGAGAAGCAGCAAUGCUGUUGUAGCAGCCGUACUGAAGAUGCCAAACAUUUCAGUGGCACUUCUUAAUAAGCAUUUAAGACCGAUGGCAAAGCUUCUUGGCGUGCAACGCUACUCGGGCAAAGACAAAAACUGGUUCGUUGUAGAGUUGGCGCACGAGCUAGUAGCCAGGAAGUGGGUCGAUGUCAAUGGAGACAGAAGACUGCUCUCUAGCGAUAACAUAGUAGUUGCUAGGUACUUUUAGAUAUAAUUAGACUAGCUACGUAGUUUGCAGUGCCAAAGUGUAAAUUGUUGCGAAAGUCUAGCUAAUAAAGA